GCCGCUGCAGAUGCGUCACCAUGCCUGCUGACCAGCUCCUCAACACCGUCCUGCAGCUCUUCCAGGAGCUCCACGAUGCCACCAAGACGGAGCAAAUCAUCGGCACGACCGCGCAUCUCCUCUCGCAGCUCUCCAACCCGCUCAACCUCGGCGUCCUCACGUCGCAGCUGCUGACGGCGCCCGCCAUCUGGGAGAGGCACGACGGGCUGCGCACGGCCGUCCGCAUCAUCAGCAUCUACAACACCGCCGCGAUCCGCGUGCGCGACUACGAGAUCCUCAACGACAAGAACAAGCUCGAGGGAAAGCCGUUUGAGGGAGGCGGCCUGAGGAGCGAUGCCUGGACACGGGCGGUAGUCAAGGGCGCGGAUGAAUACUCGAAGCGGUGGCAGCACCUGCUCGUCCUGACGGGCGUCCUGAUGGGCAUGGAGGGCAACGAUAGACGGGCCCUGUCGAGCGGCCUCCGAGGGACGCUUGAGCAGGCCAUUGUGCUGGCCGCGAAUAUGGCGCUGCGGACGCACCGACAGGAUGGACCGCUCGCCGGCGGAUCCAUUGCGCUGGCCCUUAACUUUUCGUUUCCCCUGCUCUCCGAUUUCCACAAGGCUCAGAUCGACUGCAAUGAGUUGCUGCCGGUUACCCUCUGGGCGAUGACUGGCCCGGAGGGCUUCUGCGAAGGCCAGUUCCUGCAGGUCAUUGGGGAGAACAUCACCGAGGCUCCCGGCCAUGUUCUCUCCUGGACAUCACAGACGCCAUCCUUCCAGUUACUGCAGGCCAUGGACCAGCGGCCUCUGAUGGGGAACAUUGGGCCGCUAUCGAAGCUUGCAGCCUACGCGGCACUGCACGCCACUGAUACGAACGUUGUGUUGGCAGCACAGGAUGCACUGCUGGCCUUCUCCCGCCAGAUAUUGGAUGCUUGGCGGUCGAACCGGUUCAACGAUGUCGAUCCAGCCUUUGAAGCCAAUAAGCUGAGCCUCGAGACGCUUCAGAAGACGUGGCCGGCGUUGUGGCUAGUCUUGCGCAAGCUACUCUUUGGUGUCGUGGCCCUUCUCCAGGCCAUCGUUUCGCGCAGCCUGCUGGAUCACCGCAUGCUGAAUCCCAUAGCAGCCUCGGGAAUUGCUGCCAAGUCACUACACAUUCUGCGAAAUCUGUACUUUAUCUCCAACCGCAACAACAACAGUGCUUUUCAGGUGUACACCUUCACCUACUUGACCUCCAUCGAUAGCAUCUCCCGACAUCCGGCCGCAUGUGAGACAUUUCUCAACGAGAUCCGGCCUCUCGACGCUUCAGCUACGCCAGUCACACAUCUCUCAAGGACGUUGGACCUGUUCUACUUGAACGUCGCCGAGCACCUACCCCUGGUGCUGCCCACAGCAGCAUGCGAAGCUCUCAUUGUCAAGCCUGCAACUGCCUACCUCUCCCAAGAGGGGCCCAUGACCCCCUCUGUAGUUGAACUCUUCGAAGCCUCGCACAGCGCCAUCCUCUCCGUCCUCUCCUGUCCACAGCACAGCUCGCUCAACAUCGACAUCACCCCCUUUUACAUUGUGAAGCUCUUUGAGUCUUUCCCUCAGCAAAUCUCUCCGCGCCAAUUCCGGGUCGCCUACAAGACCGUCAUGCAAAUCGUCUCUCCGCCGUUCCCCAUCGCCGCAAUGGAGCCUCAUCUCUCAGAAACCCUCCUCGAGAUGCUUCGGGCGUCCAUCCCUACCGCUGACACCACGCCUCUGCCUCAAUCGCCAGAUGCUCCGCCUCCGUCUGAGGACUCUAAGCAAGAACCGCCAGAGCCUUGCUCGGAGCAGAGCACACUCACCAUGGCCCUGGUCGAUACGCUGCCAUUCUUGCCCCUGCCUUUGGUAGAAGAAUGGCUUACUAUCACGGCACAAACACUGAAUACCAUUGCGGAUCCCAAGCUCAGAGCGCCAGUCAAGAAGCGAUUCUGGGACAUUCUGGUCAAUGGAGAAAUGGACGUCGAAAGAGCAGCCAUUGGAGUCGCCUGGUGGGGGAACCUGGGCGGAAGAGACAUCUUCUUUUCGAAGCCUGCGCCCGAGACGGCCAUGAUGAGCGGCGCGAUUGUGUCCAAUGACCAGAUGAUGAGCAAGCUGUAAGGG